UUGACAAGUUUGGCAUUAUAUUAGAGCUGUCUGCGAAAGUGAAAGCGUAUAAAUAAUGGCAACGUCGGGGUUUUUAAGUUCCGAUAUCAACAUGGAGCUGCAUUAUGGCGCGUUGUUUUAGUUACUUAUUGUCAUUUUUAAAACGUUGGUUAACGUGGUCUUGGACAUAUUUGUGGUUAUUCUGGCUAAUGCUUGUAUUUUUUGUAAUUUACUUACUACGCGGCCCUCUAAAAAUCAGCGAAAACAUAAACAUGGCUUCCAUGUUUUUAAAUACUUUGACUCCGAAAUUUUAUGUUGCUUUGACUGGAACAUCUUCUCUCAUAUCAGGACUUAUUUUGAUAUUUGAAUGGUGGUACUUCAGAAAAUAUGGAACUUCCUUCAUUGAGCAAGUUUCUUUAAAUCACAUUUCACCAUGGAUUGGAGGAAGUGAAAGUAAUAGUGAUUCUUCCUCAAGUGGUUCAACGUCUAAUGAAACUAAUGGAAAUAAUGCCAACUGUAAUCAACAGACUGGACCAGAGUGUAAGGUUUGGAGAAAUCCGCUUAGCUUAUUUCGAGGUUCAGAAUACAACAGAUUUCUUUGGACAACCAAUAAGGAACCAUUAACAUAUUAUGAUAUGAAUCUCUCAGCACAAGAUCAUCAGACAUUUUUUACUUGUGAAGCAGAUGGCAACAAGCCUGAAUAUGAGAUAAUGCAGACUGCUUGGAGAGAAAGAGAUCCUGAAGCUAGAGUCAAAGCUGCACAUCAAGCUCUUGAAAAGAACCCAGAAUGUGCGCCUGCAUAUAUAUUAUUAGCUGAGGAGGAAUCAUCAUCAAUCAUUGAAUCAGAAAAACUAUUUCGGCAAGCAUUAAAAGUGGCAGAAGUGAACUAUCGAAAAAGUCAGCAAAUCCAACAUCAAGGCCCAUCUCAAGAAACGUUACAUCGGAGAGAUACAAAUGUUCUAGUCUACAUUCGAAGAAGACUUGCAAUGUGUGCAAGAAAACUGGGAAAAUUAAGAGAGUGUGUGAAAAUAAUGCGUGAUCUCAUUAAAGAAUUUCCUAUGAUGAAUGUAUUCAACAUUCAUGAAAAUCUUAUAGAAGCACUUUUAGAAAUGCAAGCCUAUGCAGAUGUACAGGCCGUUUUAGCAAAAUAUGAUGACAUAAAUUUACCUAAAUCAGCUACUAUUUGCUACACAGCUGCACUUUUAAAAGCGAGAGGAGUAAGUGACAAAACAUCUGCUUACAGAUUUUCACCAGAUAUAGCUUCAAAAAGAGGUCUUAGUACCUCUGAAAUGAAUGCUGUAGAAGCAAUUCAUAGGGCUGUAGAAUUUAAUCCUCAUGUGCCAAAAUAUCUUUUAGAAAUGAAAAGCCUAAUUUUACCCCCUGAGCACAUUUUAAAAAGGGGUGAUAGUGAAGCAAUCGCAUAUGCUUUCUUUCAUUUACCACAUUGGAAAAGGGUGGAAGGAGCACUAAAUUUGUUACAUUGCACAUGGGAAGGAACAUUCAGAAUGAUUCCCUACCCUUUAGAAAAGGGGCAUCUUUUUUAUCCCUAUCCAACUUGUACAGAAACAACAGACAGAGAGUUGUUACCAGCUUUCCAUGAGAUUUCAGUAUAUCCCAAAAAAGAGUUGCCAUUUUUCAUUCUUUUUACAGCUGGUCUCUGUUCUUUUACAGCCUUAUUGGCUUUGCUCACUCAUCAAUACCCAGAACCAAUGGGGACAUUUGCAAAAAAUAUAAUAAAUUCAGAUGUUUAGGGAUUAUGAUAGCUGCUGUAGUCAUGGUGUGUUAAAUUUUUAAAUGCUAUUGUAUGGUUAACAAUGCCCUUGGCAUAUCUGCUUGAAAAAGUGGAAGCGUUGGUGCCAGCUAGUGUUCUACAACAGUUAUCUCGUAUUUAAUUUGCAUAAACCUGUAUAACAUCAUCUUAUUCAUUAUUUAUGUGUGUUCUGAUCAUUUGUCAAAAAUAAAAACAUGACAUCUA